CCAAGAUCAAAUUAAGCAAGGUAAACUAAAACUACAUAAUAAUAUAUAAAAUUGAUGAUAAUUUGCAUCGACUGUAGGUUGGAAUUCAAAAAUAGCAAAAAAUGUAAGUAAAAUUACUAAACAAACCAAACCACUCUCUCUCUCGCGUCUAUAAGUCGCCAAUCCAUCCAAUAUUAUUACCUGUUAUACAUACGUACGUACCCCUUUAUCAUGCAUCCCCUUUAAUGGUAUUAUCAGAAAAUAAUUUUACUAGAUUAUGAUAAACUAAUUCUCUAAUCAUGCAGCGGCGAAUUGUGUGGAGGGUGGAUUACGUCGAUCUACUAUGUAAUAGCAUUUAGUAAAGUGGAUUCUAAAAAAUGGUGACCACAAGAUUUUGAAGGGACCUUUUAUCACUUCAGUUACAGUUUGCAGGCUGGCUCGUGUCGUCGCAAGUGGUGGUCAGUUAUUUAUUUUGCUGAUCAGAUUUCAAAUUAUUUUGACCAAGAGCUUUAGUAACGAAUAAAUAAAAAUGGGGUUGAAGAGGUCACAAGUACAUUUGGCAGGAUUAUUGCUUGUUGUGGGACUUGCUCAGGCUCAAUUAGAUCGCCCUGGACCGCCUUAUCCAGAUGCACAUCACAAUAAUGCGAUACACCAAGAGUCGUCUGCAAACCAAUGGAGGAAUCAGGGAGGAGGACGCUAUCCGCCAAGAAAUCAAGAAAGGCUGCCCUCGCUGAGCCCAAAUAUUCUGAAAACUUUGUACCGAGCGUUGGGACCCGGUGUUCCAGUUGAAUCUCCGACCGAAAGUGCAUUUAGAAACCAGAACAAUUUUCACAGUUAUUAUUUACAAAGUCCCCACCAACCAGAGCAUAACGUUGAGAAGCAACCUUAUCAAGAACCUCCACCCCAACGCUACAAUGCUGUUGAACAAUCUGGGGUUCAAACGGCUCAUGUGUACAUACCUUACAGUAAUAAAGACUAUACGCAAAGACCCAUGCCAAAUGUCCUUGUUAAGUAUCAUGCUCAAGGGAAAACGCAUGAAAACUAUGUUCAACAAUAUUCACAACCUGACCCUGUAGUUCAAGUACCACAGUACCCACAAUCAGACCCUAAUACUGCGAUGGUCCAAGCAGUGCAGGUUCACCAGUAUUCACACACGCAACCAGAAAUACAACAGCAACAAUAUUCGCAACAUCAACCGAUUGUGCAACAAUACCCAUCAGUCGUUCAGCAACAGCAAAAGGCACCUCUAGUAAAACAAGAAUCUCAAACGGCAAGUCCAUCCCAUUUUGCGAUAAAUUUUCAAUUGCCCCCAAAGAAACAUAGGUCUAAGAAACGACCACAUCACCAUCAUGUCAAAAGCUACACGUACAAGAUAAAGUCCAAGGGGAAACAUAUUCAGGCAUUUCCAAUCUUUACAACGUUAGGUAAAGGGCUGGACGGCUUGAACGCUGUACGACGCGGAGUAAAGAAAGGAACAGGGCAAGUUGUCGCCACAGGGGUUAAACUUGGAGGAAAAUUGGCAUAUGUGGGGGCUGGAGUGGUAGCAAAAGUUAUUAAGGUUGCUUCAUCAAUUUAAAUGAUUUACAAUGAUAUGAAAAAUAUGUUAAAGUUACCCGUGUUGUCUUCAUUGUUAUUUCUUUGAUAAGAUUAUUUUUAUAUAUUAAAAUGAAAAAUUUUUACACGCA